GAGGGGAGUCAGAGGAGUCCAGGGGCUCGCGGGGCAGGCGGGCAGUCGGGCCAGCAAAAGCUGCGGCCAUGGGGAGCUUGAAGGACGAGCUGCUCAAGGCCAUCUGGCACGCCUUCACCGCGCUGGACCUGGACCGCAGCGGCAAAGUCUCCAAGUCCCAGCUCAAGGUCCUUUCCCAUAACCUGUGCACUGUGCUGAAGGUUCCACACGAUCCUAUUGCCCUUGAAGAGCACUUUAGGGAUGAUGAUGAAGGGCCUGUCUCCAAUCAGGGCUAUAUGCCUUAUUUGAACAAGUUCAUUUUGGAAAAGGUCCGAAACAACUUUGACAAAAUGGAAUUCAACAGGAUGUGUUGGACGCUCUGUGUCAAAAAAAACCUCACCAAGGGUCCUUUGCUUAUUACUGAAGAAGAUGCAUUUAAAAUAUGGGUUAUUUUCAACUUUUUAUCUGAGGACAAGUAUCCAUUAAUUAUUGUGCCAGAAGAGAUUGAAUACCUGCUUAAGAAACUUACAGAAGUUAUGGGAGGAGGUUGGCAGCAAGAACACUUUGAGCAUUAUAAAAUCAACUUUGAUGGCAAUAAAGAAGGGCUUUCAGCCUGGGAACUUAUUAAACUUAUUGGAAAUGGACAAUUUAGCAAAGACAUGGAUCAGCAGACGGUAUCUAUGGCAAUUAAUGAAGUCUUUAGUGAGCUUAUACUAGAUGUAUUGAAACAGGGUUAUGUGAUGAAAAAAGGCCAUAGACGGAAAAACUGGACUGAACGCUGGUUUGUGCUGAAACCCAACAUAAUCUCUUAUUAUGUGAGUGAAGAUCUGAAAGAUAAGAAAGGAGAUAUUCUCUUGGAUGAAAAUUGCUGGGUGGAGUCCUUGCCUGACAAAGAUGGAAAGAAAUGUCUUUUUCUCAUAAAAUGUUUUGAUAAAUCCUUUGAAAUCAGUGCCUCAGAUAAGAAGAAGAAACAGGAAUGGAUUCAAGCCAUUCAUUCUGCUAUUCAUCUGUUGACGCUUGGCAGCCCCCUCCCACACAAAGAGGCCCGCCAGCGUCGGAAAGAACUUCGGAAGAAGCUGCUGGCUGAGCAAGAGGAGCUGGAGCGACAAAUGAAGGCGCUCCAGGCUGCCAAUGAAAACAAGCAGCAGGAGCUGGAGACCGUGAGGAAGAAACUGGAAGAAGCAGCAUCUCGUGCAGCAGAAGAAGAAAAGAAACGCCUGGAGACUCAAGUGGAACUACAGGCCAGGUUCAGCACGGAGCUGGAGCGGGAGAAGCAUAUCAGACAGCAGAUGGAAGAACAGGUUGCCCAAAAAUCCUCGGAACUAGAACAGUAUUUGCAGCGAGUACAAGAGCUGGAAGACAUGUACCUAAAGCUGCAGGAGGCUCUUGAAGAUGAGAAACAGGCCCGACAAGAUGAAGAGACUGUGCGGAAGCUUCAGGCCAGGUUGCUGGAAGAAGAGUCUGCCAAGAGGGCUGAACUAGAAAAGUGGCAUUUGGAGCAACAGCAUACCAUUCAGACAACUGAAGCCGAGAAGCAGAAGCUGGAGAACCAGCGCGUUAUGAAAGAGCAAGCCCUGCAGAAAGCGCUGCAGCAGCUGGAACAGCUGGAGUUAGAGCGGAAACAAGCGCUUGAGCAGUAUGAGGGAGUUAAAAAGAAGCUGGAGAUGGCAGCUAGUUUGACUAAGAGCUGGAAGGACAAAGUGGCCCAUCAUGAAGGAUUAAUCCAAUUGAUAAAACCAGGUUCAAAAAACCCUCAGCUGGUCACUCACUGGGGACCUGCAGCUUUCACUGAGUCAGAACUUGAAGAGCGAAUGAAGAACUGGAAAGAAAAAAAAACCACUGAGUAACUGAGCAUGGCAGAGGUAGCAUCAGUUAUAGAGAUACCAAGUGUAGCUGGAAAGCUUUAUGCUAAACACAAAAGCACUAGCUUUG